GUUGAAUCCGCCGGUUGUAUCUAUUGUACGGCGCGAGCAGCCCUCGGCGCCGUUGCUCACCUCCGGACUGAUACUGAUCACUCUCUCUCUCUCUCGGCCUCCCGGAGCAGGCGAACGCGCGGCGGAGGGCGGACAUUCCGAAACCCUAGCUUCCUGCACAUGAGCGGCGGCGGCGGCGGUGCAGGGAAGGCCUCGAUGGCGGGCAUCUCCGGCGGGGGCUGGAGGGCCCAGUGGCUGCGCAUCCAUGAUCGGGUCGAGGCGCUCGCCGCCGACUGCGCGCGCCUAGAGGCGGUCAACAAGAUCCAGCACGAGUUCUGGGAAGGCCGCGACAACAUUUUGCAGAAACGCCUCCACGAGAUGGAGGUGAGCAGGGGGAGGUGGGAAGCAGCCUACAUGGAGCUGCUUCUCGGGGACAAUGGCAGCCAGAAGCUCGCCGAGCCCCGAGAGAGUGACUUGGAGGACUCCAAAACUUCGGAAGCACUUUUGGCCUUAGAAAACUCAGUACUGAAGAUACAACUUAAGGAACCUAGAAGCUGUGCAGAGCUUUGUCAAAAUACUGCAGAUCAUGAGCACACUGCAAAAGACUUGAUAGCAGAGCUAAGAACACUAAAACAAGCUUAUGAUACCCUGAGCUCAGACAAGGACAAAGAAGUUUCUGCAUUACUUGCACAAAAGGAGUUCGUGUUGAACCGAGUCACGACAAUGGAGAAUGACAUAAGCCUGCUCUUUGAAAACAAGAAUAUGGAGCUAGCACAAGCUACUGAAGCAGCACAAAAGCUUCAACAAACUAUAGAGGAGCUGCAAGUGGCUGUCCAAAAGAAAGUGGAUGAGAAUGGCAGACUGCAAGAAGAAGCUGUUGAAGCACAAACCAAGAUUCUGCUUCUUGAGGAUAAGCUACAAGAAAUGCACUCCUCGGCUGAGGAGAAAAAUGAAGAAAUACGAAAUCUCAAAGUGACUAGUAAAAAGCGCACGAAUAAUACCGAGAUGCAAAAACAAUCUAUUCGGGGACAUAAAUACAGCAAGCUUGGACAUGGCAUGAUGAAGAUCUUUGUUGAGGCCCUCGGUUGCGAGCCCAUCGUUAUUGAGGUCAAGGGUUCAGACACGAUCGACUGUGUCAAGGCUAAGAUUGAGGAGAAGAGACACAUACCUCCAGAUGAGCAGAAACUCAUCUUCAGCAACAUGGUGCUGGGGGAUGGCUGCACUACCCUGGCAUACCACAACAUUCAGCAUGAGUCCACCCUACACCUUGCUCUUCGCCUGUUAUCACCAGAGAUGUGUAUCCGUAUCAAGACUCUGGAUGGCAGGAGCUUCAGUCUUGAUGUUCUGAAAUCAUAUACCAUCUCUCAUCUCAAGGUGAUGAUCCAGUACUGGAUGGGCUAUCAUCGGGACAAUCAGAGAAUCAUCCUUAAUGGAAAGCAGCUGCUGCCUGAACACAGCCUGUUUGAUUACAACGUUCCAAAUGAGUCUACCCUUCAUCUUAUACAGCGCCGCGGGCCGCCAACGCCAAAGUGUAUCCAUGUACACACGCUGCGGAACGACAUCAUCAGUCUUAACUUUGCGAGCUUAGAUAUCACCAUUUAUAGUGUCAAGACGAGGAUUCAGGAUGAGGGGCACAUUGCCUUGGAGCACCAGCGCCUCUUCUUUGGCAGGAAGUUACUGGAGAACGGCCGCACCCUAGUGGACUAUGACAUCUGUCAUGAGUCCAUCCUCCUUCUCCUGCCAGGAGCUCCUAGUAGUCAGUGAAUUGGAUGCCAUGGUCGUCCGGGUUAUACAGAUGCGGGCUUCUUAAGCGGUGUGUUGCUUUUUGGUCGUUUGGCGUAUGCUGGGGAUAUCACCGAGACUUCUGAACCGAAAUGCUUUUGAGAUAAAGCAGGUUGUAAAAUGGAUGAAUACUUGAGGUACAACUGUUAUGAAUAGAUUGUACUAGCACGUAGUGUCCUAACU